AUUCUUAACGCAUUAUUUACAGUAUUUGUUAGGAUAGCUUGUGUUUACGCCAUGUGCGUUCAACACUAUUUCACCGUAUUGUUUAAGAAAACGAGGCUCACGUAUCAUUUUUAUACAAUAAACAAGCAUGUGAAUAGAGAUUUGGCAAGUGACACUAACAAAUAAAAAAAUGAAGAAGAUCAAGAACCAAAGAGCCAAAUAAAUCAAAAUCUACAUCUAAAGAAAAUAAGGAAGGUAAAAAAAAAAAGAAAGAAAAGUAAGCAAUGGAAGAAGACUUAGUGGUGGUGAAAUCAACAAGCAUUGUUCAUCCCAAAACUCUUAACCAAUCAGAUCGUGUGAAGAAGAUCCAUCUGACCCCAUGGGAUCUCACGCGUCUUCGUUUUUGUUAUCCUCAAAGAGGUCUUUUCUUUCCCAAACCAGAUUCUAAUAUUGAUACAAUUAUCUCCAUGUUGAAAACCUCACUUUCUGUUGCUCUCGACCACUUCUACCCUUUAGCUGGUCGUCUUGUCAAGAUAUUCAACGAAAACGAUAACACUGUCUCGAUUUUCAUUUGCUGCGAUAGUGGUUUUGGUGUGAAAUUUGAUCACGCGGUAGCUAAAACCAUCACGGUUGGUGAUCUGGUUAAGUCUGGUUUUGUCGAUGGUUUAUUCGGUUCCUUAUUCUUCCCUGCGACCGGAAUCAAGAACUACCAAGGUGUGUCAAACCCUUUACUUAUGGUUCAAGUAACUGAGCUAGAAGAUGGGAUUCUUCUAAGUUAUGGUUAUAAUCAUACCGUUGCUGACGGGAAAUCGAUAUGGAUGUUUAUCAACAAAUGGUCAGAGAUUUGUUCGAUUGAUACUGGAUCCAAAUCCAUGGAAAUUUCCUUGUCUCUUCGAGGUUGGUUUCUUGAUGCGAUCGAGUAUCCAAUCCAUACUCCAGAUCCUGAAAUGAAACCACCUAGUUACGGUGCUUCAACAACAACAACAAACAUUUUUCAAGAGAUUGUGUUUCAUCUUACAAAGGAGAAUGUUUUGAAACUGAAAGCGAAAGCCAACAACGAGGCUGGAUUCGAAGAUGGAAAGAUCUCUUCCCUUCAAGCGGUUUUAGGACAUAUAUGGCGUUCAAGGGUCAAAAACAGUGACAUGAGCAGAGAAGAAGAGACACAUUGUAGAGUACCAAUUGAUAUGAGAGAAAGGCUAAACCCAAAGCUAAAGGAAGAGUGUUUUGGGAAUGUAAUUCAGACAGGGAUAGCUAUAGUUAACGUUGGGGAGCUGCUGGACCAUGGGCUGGGUUGGUUGGCUAUGCAAAUAAACAAAAUGGUGAGAUCACAAACCGAUGAAAACGCCAAAACAUUUGCAGAGAAUUGGGUUAAGAAUGUUGAGAUUCCAGCUGCGGUUAGCGGCAAUCUACUUGUUACUAGCUGUCCCCGUUUCAAUGUGUAUGGAAACGAUUUCGGGUGGGGUAAACCGAUCGGUUCACGUUCUGGACCGCCAUUUAGCGAUGGGAAACUUGUGGUUUUCCAAGGGGUUGAAGAAGGAGGAUUUGAAUUUCAAGCUUGUUUUCCUCGUGAUGUUGUAGUAAAACUUAUCAAGGAUGCUGAAUUUUUGGAGUAUGUGGAUAUUGCUUCAUGAUUUGGUCAACAAUUUACACGAAUGAUGUGUUUUGUCUUGUGACUUUUUACUGUCUCUGUGUGUAACAUUAUCAAAACUAUGUUUUAACUAUUGAGAUCUUUGGUAAACGGUAACACCAGUUUAAACUUCGA